CGGAGACAAACAAAACACACACAGCCUGACUCACAACCUGACUGCAACCUCCUCUCACAACACACACACACACACACACAGACAGAGAAAGCAGGUAGUUAGAGGAGCGUACCUAAAACUCACCACACAUAUACACAGUUCUCUCUCUCUCUCUCUCUCUCUUUCACACACACACAGACACACACACACACACAUUCAACCAGCAGCAGCAGCAGCAUGUUUUGGUGGAGGCUCCCCCAGGCAGCGUGUGUGCUGUCGGUGUGUGUGUGUCUGCUUCUCGCAUACGAGGAUGAUAUCGAGGUCAACUACGCUGACACCUACUACAAUGAAAUCACAGAGCGAGAAACACCAGAACCCACACCGAGCUCUGCGCCCUGCAAUUCUCCAGACCUGACCAAGUGGGACAAAAUCUUCUCUAUGCUGGAGAACAGUCAGAUGAGGGAGAACAUGCUGCUUCAGUACGCCGAUGAUAUCGUCAAGGUGGAGAUGGGGUCACUGCGCGGGGAAAUGCUCAGGUUGGUUGGACAAAGGAAUGAGAGGUUUGUAGCCCAGUAUGGUGGCUCCUGUGGGGUUGCAGUGGAGACAGCAGGAAGAAGGAUGGCCUUGCAACUAGAGGGCCGCCUCAGAGAAACCCUGGAGCGCCUCAGACUUGGAGAUCAGGCUCCUGCUUCUGCUUCUGCUUCUGCUGCUUCUGGUAAUUCAGUUGGCAAUUCCAACAACAUGGAGGUGAUGCUACAUCAGCUCCUCUCUGCAGCACGAACGCAAGCUUCCCGACUCACCAAGCUCGAGACCAACUGCUUCAGCAGUCCAGGAGCUGGGAUGGGGAUGAAUACAAAGACAGCAUUCCAGCUUCCAGAGGGUGGAAGGGCUGGACGCCGGGAGCAGGAGGUCACAUCACGAGACGUGGCUCUAGACAGGGUGCUGACUGCACUGCAACAGACGAGGGCGGAGCUGGAGGAGGUGCUAAGGUCAUCGAGGCAAAGAUACCUACCCGCAGGCUGUGAGAUGGCCCUCCUCUUCCCGAUGCGUUCCCGUCGAAUCUACACAUCUGUCAUACCAGAUGUCCCUCUCUCCAUCUCCUCCUUCACUGUCUGCAUGUGGGUGAAGCCAACCACUGUCUCCAACAAAACAGUGCUGCUCUCUUAUGGAAACCGUCGCAACCCAUAUGAGAUCCAGCUGCUGCUCAGCCAAACGUCUGUGUUCUUCACCAUCGGAGGAGAGGCUCACCUGGUGGAGGCACGAGGUGUGGUGAAACUGGGAGAGUGGAUCCAUUUGUGUGGGGCUUGGUCCUCUGACCAGGGCCUGGCGACCCUGUGGUCAGGUGGAAAAAAAGUGGCCUCCACGCCUGGAGUGGCUGAGGGACACAUCUUACCCGACGGGGGCUCACUACAGCUGGGGCAGGAAAGGAACGGCUGCUGCCCUCUGUCUCCAAGUAGCGGGAGCGGCGUGGCAGGGUUUGAGGGAGGGUUCGAUCCCAAGCUUGCAUUCACUGGGAAGAUGACAGGAGUGAACAUGUGGGACAGGGCGCUGUCAGAGGAGGAGAUUUCCCAGCUGGCUUUGCAGAAGGGCCAGGGCUGUGAGCAGAGAGGAAACGUGGUGGCGUGGGGCGUGACGGAGAUGGUGCCACAUGCAGGCGCUCAGUUCAUCUACUAACAGACUUCCUUGUGAUUUUCAUCUGCGUCAUCAUGAUCAUCAUUAUUGUGAAUAUCAGCAACAUCGUAAUAAGUUUUCCUGCUAAAAGUGAAGAGAGCAACUUACCGCUGCUUUUAUCAUCAUCAUCUUUGUCCCUAUAGUUUAAUGUUUGAAUUAUUAUGUUCUUAUCAAGACUGUUUCAUUCAUCAUCAUCUUCACCACUCUUAACAUGAAUGCUAAUGCUGCAAUGAACUUUACUGGACGUGUUCAAAUGAGAGGAAGAGCCAAUGCGGUGAGAGACUGAAGUUUAUUUAUUCUUGUAGGUGCAGUUAUUAGAAGCUGAAGACUGACUGUCAUCUAUCCCGAUUACAUCUGAAAGCAGAGGUACCAUACUAAUGUGGUGUGUUGUGUUGUAAUGUCACAUGCAGUAUAACGCGUGAUUUAAACUUAUGUAAUAAUUGUGUGACUGAAAACUGCUGUACUUGCGUUCACUUCAAGCCUGUCCAUAUAGUGACUCUAGAAAUAGCUUAAAACAAAAUUAUUAUAUCGUAAUUUUCUUGAAUUUGUGAAAGUGUUAAACGCAUUUUUAAGACUUUACAUUUCCAAACUUGUACUCCUCAAAGUGUUUACAUUCAUAUGAGUUAUAUAAUUCCAGUUCUACUUUGUUAGGGUUUUUUUUCUUUUUUGUUGUCUGUAGUUCUCAUUUAUUUUUAGGAUAAUAUAUGUCUUCUUUUUUGAUACUGCAUAAAGUAAUAAGAGUAAAACUGUUAUUUUUGUCAUUUGUCAUUGGAGACUGAGAUUGUUUUUUUGAGUUUGAUGAACAGAAACUGAGGAAAAUGUUUACACAAUCUAAUCUUUUAUGAACUAAGUUGUCUUGUAUUAUAAUGUAAAUGUGCUUUUGUUUUUCUUGUGAAAUGGUGAAACUGAAUGUAUUUUGUACAUAAAUAUAUUUUGCAUAACAUGACUGGAUGAAUGGAGAGUGAGUUAUGAAUAAACUUUUCAAGUUAUAGUAA